AUGGGCAUUACCAGGUUCAGUACUCGAGCUGCCACGUACGAAGUUAUCAUCAAUACUCUCAAGGGGCUUCCCCGUACGACAAUAGAUGCUGCCUGGGGUCUCACAGGCCUUUUUUCGCUCUACGCAAUUCACAUCAAUUGUAACCAAUUAUCCAAACGGUACCCCAGACGAGGAUUUCAAAAUGUGGGUGUCCCUGUCAUCGAUAGCGAGUUCGUCAAAGCCCUCGGGCCACAGAUCCCUGUCGCCACCAUAAUUCUCCUUGAGCACAUCGCCAUUGCCAGAUCAUUUGGACGGGUCAAUGGAUACAAGAUCAAUCCCAACCAAGAGCUCAUCGCAUAG